AUGCAGGAUCUCUUCUGCCCGAGGUGGUCAGGCAGCGGAGCCGCCUUCGCCGUGCAGAAGCUGGUGAACAAGAAGCUGCCGUACAGUCUGCAGUGGAGCCUGCUGCUGGCCGGGGCCGCAGGGUCCCUUGCCAGCUACAUGGUAACCAGAGCUGAGACGCAGAAAUGCUCCGAUUUCUGGAUUUACCUGGAGACAGGCAAGUCCCCACAGGAGCUCGCCAUGGCUGGUAGGGUGUCUCAGCCCGCAGAAAAUCUGCCCAGCCCAGAGGACAGAGAGAGCGCGGCAGCACUGGUGAGGAGGAACAAGUACGGGGAUGUUGUGGAGUAGCCAGCAGAGCACAGCGCACCGUGCCUGUGUCCUGCUUCACCCCUUCCUGCCUGCCCAGCCUGCCUGUGCCUGUGCUGCCUGCGAGACUGGUGGGCUCUGUGGCACUGCCUGGGAGCUCGGAUGGGUCGAUCCUGUAGUGAGAGCGUGGUGGAAGCACUGUAGGAAUUGCUGCCUCCCAGGUGGCCUCUGAACAUCGCACAUGGGGGGUAUAAUAAAAGUCAAGAGCUGAAAGCAC